AUGUCAGCAGAUUACCCGAAACUCUCAUGGCUUGAGAAACUUGACCUUGUACCAGCUUUUCUAUCAAUAGGUUGGGCUGCUUCGUACGCAGCUUUAGAAUGGCCCCUUCGACCUUCAUCAGGAGCCGACACCUACUAUCACCAUGUCGUCCAUGCACUGGUUAGGAGGUUUUCUCAAAGGAUGAGCUUGACACAAGCGCAAUGGAUUGAUCCCACCUUCAUGGAUGCCUACAAAAAGUGGUGCUCUAAACAUCGAAUUGUAAUGAAUGUCGCCAUCAUCUCCCAGUAUACCAAGGGCUUAUGGCUUGGUGAUCCGACAGCAGACUAUGUGAUGGUCUACUUUCAUGGUGGAGGAUUUGCAUUCGGUGGCAAUGACGGCCAUCUAUCCUUUUGGAGCACGGUAAUCGCCAAAUUGGCCACUCGAGGGGUCUCUUUGAGCGUCCUGUUCGUGGCUUACCCAGUUAUGCCGCAAGCUUUCUUUCCCCGACAGUUCCAGGAAGCGGUGAACGCAAUACGCUACGUACUGGAAGAUCUGAGUUGUUCCGCAAGUCGAGUCAUGAUUGCAGGUGACUCGGCUGGAGGCAAUCUUGCUGCUGCUGCAUUGCUACAUGCGGCUCGGCCCUCCAAUCUUGCUCCUACCUUACCAAAGAUAUCAGUCUCGCAGAAGCUCAGAGGACUCGUCUUAAUCUCGCCAUGGGUAAGCUUUGAUGUGUCGUUGCACAGUUUCGAAAGAAACCGCAACAAGGACUACCUGAAAGCAGAGACGGAAAAGCGUUGGAGCGACAUGUAUCUCAACAAACAGUCACCAUCACCCUACAACGAACCUGCUCUAGCAUCGCCCGAAGAUUGGAAAGACCUACCUGUACUAGGCGUGCUAGUGACUGCAGGAUCGAAUGAGGUCUUAAUUGACGGAAUCGAUUAUUGGGUCAAAGAUCUACAGGUUCACAAUCCAAAUGUUACAUACAAGGUGGCAAACCACGAGCCUCACGAGGCUCCACUUACCUGGCCCGUCUUUGGUGACCAUCGAGAGACGGAAACGCACAGGAACGUGAUCGAGUGGUUGGGCAGUAAUCUGAAGGUGCAGAACGAAUCGUCUACCGAUCACAAAGUCCAGAAGACUAUCUAG